AACGGAAGACUCAGUGCCCCCCCCCCAACGAACGAACGAACGAAAGGAUCCUGGAUAAACCAGGCGAUCCGCAAAGCCCUCCACGGACAUCAAAAGUUGUGCGUGCAAUGAGCCGUGAUUCGAAUGUGGCACGAUUUUAAUUAAAUCGCCAGUUAUUAAAAGAGCUGCAACAAAACACACAAUUUCGAACUGAAUACCGCGCGUGGCACGUUGCACAGCCACAGCCACAGCCACAGAGGCAGCCACAUCCAUAUUCAUAAAGAGCGCGCGCGAAAUUCGUGGCAGUUGUGUCCUUGUCUGGAUUGUUUAUGGAUUCACCUUCUCCUCUAACACGUAGCAGCGGCAUCAACAGCUUUCGCCUCACGACUUGCCGCAUUAACCGGCCACCCGGCCACCCCACAGCAGGACCUUUUCCGGCCCCUCUCCCCAAGGGAGAGCUAAACAAUUUUUAGAUAAGUCCAAGGUCCGAACAGAGACUCCAAAGGGGGAGCACCCGCACCGAGAGGACGACAAGAGGUACAAUGCGUCCAACGCGCAUUCCCCUGCUGCUUUGGCUCUCGGCCUGGACCUGCCUGGGCCCGGCCACAGCCCAUCCGAAUACGCAGCACCACCACCACCAGCCGCUGGUCACCUACUCGAGCAGCUCGACCACAUCCUCCAGCCAAAGGAGCGGCGGCCCGCUGCAGCCCGCCUUUGUGUACGACACGGCCAUGCCCCAGCAGGAGCAGCAGCCGGAGGAGGAGAAGGAGGGGCAAGUGGCGACAUCCAGUGGCCGGCCAGAGACAGCGGCCGUGCCAUCAAAGAAAAUCAUCGGUUCCAGCGUGUCCUCCUCCGUUUCGGUGGUGCUGGACGGCAACGAGCCGCUGUUCACCGACGCCCUGGGGCACAAGGUGCCCAAGCCACAGCCCUCGCUGCAGGUGGCCAGCCCCAUAGACCUGCUCAACCCGGACCGCUACGAGUUCUACACGUUCGACGAGCACGGCGAGCUGGUGAAGCGCCUGAUGACCAUGCAGGAGAUCCAGAGCAUCGUGGCCAACGGCGACGGGGAGGGCCCGUCCAUCAUACACACGGCCCCGCCGCUGAGCGAGCCCAGUCCGGAGAAGAACGUCCAGGACAUUGUGGACAGCGUGCAGAGUGUGCUGAACAAGGAGGUGGCCUCCGGCUCCGGCAAGAACAGUUCCGGCGAGCUGCUGCUGCCCCUGCUGGACACCCCCGACGUGUCCUCCUCGUGGUCGCUCAUCCUGCCGGCCAUUUUCGGGAACACCGGCGGCGAUCUCUUCCUGCAGCAGAGGCCGCAGCAGAUUGUGAUGACGCCCGAGUCGGAGCUGCUGGAGGCCUCCACCCAGGCGGCGCCAUCGCCGUCCACCACGCGUGCCACCAAGAAGCCGAAGCCCGCCAAGCGGAAGGGGGCGGGCAACAAGCGCAAGCCCAGCGCCACCACCAGCACCACCGAGGUGACGCCACAGGUGGUGCAGGAGGAGCUGGACCCCAUGGAGUCGGUGUACACGGGCAUGCAGCAGUACCAGCACGCGGCCGCCAACAUGCCGGACUUUGAUCUGCUGCACAUGCAGCCCAUCUACGAGAAGCUGCCCAGCAGCACGGCCAGGCCGGAGACGACCACCCGGCGGGUGUUCUACAACAACCAGGAGAUCAUCCACACGCCCACCUCGUCGAGCAGCGGCCCCCCAACCACCGAGAAGAUCGCGGUCAAGAAACCAGCGAACGUCCAGAGGAAGCCAUCGCAGCCACAUCGCGUGAAGAAGCCCCCAGCAGAGGCUGGCAGCAGCACCACCACCCAGCCAGGCGGCAGCAAGCAAAAGGUGAAGAAGAAGACAACAACGACAACGACGACGACAACAGCGGCACCUGAAACCACAACCCAGGCAGCGGUUUCGGAGCCAGAAGUGAGCCCAGCCACCACCACCGUCCGUGCGCCGGCCUCGACCACGCCCAAGAAGAAGAAGCGCAAGCCCACACGUGCUCCGGGCACGGGAGCCACCGGAAGCACCACAGGGAGCCCCACCGGGAGCAAGCCAACGAAGCCCAAGCGCAAGCCAACCGCAAAGCCAAAGCCAGGGCCCAUACAGGCGGGGGAGACACCUGCACCACAGCCGGUGGUAACCCAGAAGCCGACAAGGCCCCAGCGGCCCAAGAAGAAGCCCAAGCCGACGACCACGACGACAACGACGACCACUCCAGUGCCGGAAACAACAACAACAACAGCCGCCGAGGCAGAAGUCACGCCUUCAGAGCCAACACCGACACAGCCCCCAGCAGAGAGCACCACCAGCAGCAGCAGCACCACCACCAGCACUACCACUACCACCCCAGAGCCAGAGCCAGAGACGUCCACAACAACGACAACCAGGGCGCCCCUGGUGCACAGCCAGAAGCCGCAUGGAAAGCCCGAGAGCUCCACCAAGAGGCCACCGAACCUGCACCACAAUCGCAUUCACAGCAAGCCCGUCCACACCACUGCGGCCCCGUCGACGGAGGCGGCCCAGACCACCACCACCACCACCCACCAGCCGGCAGUGUAUCCCGUGCCCAGCUACGAGCCAGUUGCAGCCCACAAUCUGUCCGCUCUGUUCGAUGCUUCGCCCCUGAAGAAGACGCCGCUGCCGUCGUUGGCGCAGCUGCAGCAGCAACUGCAGCAGAGCUCGCCCUCGCCGGCGCCACAAUUGUCGCCCGAUCAGAUACUCUCGAUGGAUCAGAUUGUGCAGUCGCUGACGCAGGACCUCUCGGCCGCCGACAAGUCGGAGGGGGAUCUGGACGGAGCGGGCAGCGUGCCGGCUCUGGUGCCAGUGAAAUACGACAGUGCCGAGUCCCAAGAGCAGAUGCAGUCGCUGGCCAACAAGAAGAAGGUGCCAGUGACCAGCAGCACAACAAGCACGACCACAACCACGACUCCUAGAACCACUACCACUGUGGGCACCACCACAAGAGUACCACCGCCCAUCGCCCACUAUGGAGGCAGCACUCUGUCCACCAUGCUCUCGGAGGAAGAGGAGGAGGAGUCAACAGAGUCCACAACGGGAGACAGGGAGACCACCGCCGGCAGCCUGGAGGAGGCUCCCGUGGUGCUGAUCACAGCCCGGCCGCAGUACUUCACCGUGACCCCGCAGCCAGUGCCCCUGAAGCCGGAGAAGGCCAGCGAGGAGGCCAACGAGCCGGAGACCACAGAGCUGCCGGGAGAGACCCAGUUCCUGGUGACCACGCCCAUGGCUGGCCUGGACGAGAUCGAAGCGACCACCGACAAGGCCGCGACCGAGUCCGAGUCUGAGUCCGAGUCCGAUCACGUGGUGAAGUUCGAGCCGCUGUUUGCGGACGUGCCGGAGGCGAUUGUCACCGAGCUGAGCGAGCCCAGCUCCACGAAUGGCUACAGCCAGCAGGCGGAGGAGGAGCAGGUGCCGGAGCAGGAGGGGACCACCACAGAGCAGGCGCUGCGUCUGCCCGUGUCGGAGAGCAGCACUGCCGCCGAGAGCGAUGCGGACAGCACCGAGGUGACGCCCAUGAUAGCCGACCUGGUGCAGCAGCUCAAUCUGGAGAUGCUGAGGCCCACGGACCAAAUAUCGAUGGCCAACUUCCAGACGCAGGCCGCCACGGUGGCCUCCACCCUGGUGGACGGCAGCCACACGCUCGUCUCGGACGGGUUCAUGAGCUCCAACGAGACCAAGGACGAGCUGGACUUCCUCAUGUCCGAUGUCAUACAGCAGAUAACCCAAGGGGCUCCCAACAAGCCGCCGGCCCAGCUCCAGCCCGAGGAGGACUCCCAUCGCCUGACCAACUAUGCCCAGCUGAACGCAUCGUUCCUGCUGAAGCCAAAGCCAGAGCCAGAGCCAGAGUCGGAGAAGCCCCAGGCACCACAGAUCUCCGGCCUGCUAAACAAAGUGGAGCCGGAGGCGUCAACCGUCAAGCAGGAAGCCACUUACCCGAACGACGCCUUUCCAGCAGGCACCGUCCACGUGGAGACGAGCACGCACCGGAUACCCAUCCUGUCGCUGUCCCAAAUUUAUGCACAGCAACAGCAGGACGAGGACGAUGAGCAGCAGCUGUUUGCCAACGAGCGACUGGAGCUGCAGAGCAGCCCGCAAGCGAAGCCAACUCGAGAGCCGGCCAAGCAGGAAACCACAGCCAUACCAGAGACUACGGAGGGUGCCUCCGAAGCCACCACCGAGGAGGCGAGCCGGGAGACCACCGCCAGCGAGGAGUCAACGACCAACGUGGCCGAGAGCCACACGGAGCGCAGCGAAAGUGAAGAGCAAAUGCCCGAGAUGUUGACAAAUGGUUACAACGAGGAAAAUCAAAUGGAGACCAGCUCCAUCGCCAGCUCCAUCGCCAGCACCAUCGCCAGCUCUGGUCCGACCGAGGCAGGAACUGAAUCCAUCUUUGCCACAGAAAAAACUGCCACAGAAGAGCCACCAACGGAUGCCACAACCAGCAGCCCUGUCACGGAAGCAGAGGAGCCGACAACGGCGACGAAUGUUUACCUGGAGGCAGAGGAGGCAGGGGAGGCGGAGGAGCAAACAUCAACAGAGGAAGCACAAACAGCGGAUCUGCCAGCCACCAGUGCAGAGGACAGUGCCACCAAUGCGGCCCAACUCCUGCCCCAAUACACCGUACAGCCCGAGGAGGACCAGUCAGAGCGAGUGGAGGAGGUGGUGGCGGUCACGGAAAUACCCGGAGAUACGUCCGUGGUAUCAUCUGAAUCGGACAUGUCGCUCAGCUCCGAGCAGGUCACGGAAAAAAUCGAAUUGAGCACGGUUAAAUCUCAGCAGCUGGACGACGAGUCAAUGGAGGAAAUAUCCGAUGAGCUGACAGCCACCAUUUCAGAGGAGGAGGCGGAGGCCUCACCAGAGGCAGAGUCAGAGCCAGCGACAGAGGCGGUGACAAGUGCACAGAAAUUGCAGCUAGACGACGAGGAUCCAUAUGUGAAGCUGGGCGAGACGACGGCCAGUGUGGUGAGGCCUUUGCCGCAGCAGGACAAAAGCUCCAUCGAAGGAGCCCCAGCAGCAGAGCCGGAGGAAGACACCUACAGGGUGACGCUGCCGUUGGCCAGCUACGGCAAUGCGCCGCCUGCCGAGCAGCCAGACGAGGAGGAUGAGGAGGACCAAGCAGGCUAUCAGACCUCCACCAAGGCACCCACAACCACCAGCACUACGAGGCGUCUGAACACCUUGAAGCCCGUUUCCUACUACGUCCAGCCCUCGCUGCUGGCGGGCUACAAUCAACUGGACGCCCAGCCGCCCAAGGGUCUGCCCUACAAUGCCCACCCAGGGGAGGGAGGGCCAACCCAGGCCCAGUCCCAAGGCCAGUCCCAGUCGCAGCAGCGACCGAUGCAGAGACCCGCCUCCCUGACCAACCUGAUGGCGAGCUCGAGCCAGGCGACCAGGCCGCCCGUCAAGCUGGAGCCGAGUCCGGAAUCCUCGCAGGGCCUGGAGGCGUCCACGGCGCCCAUGGACGAGGACCUGCGCUCGUUCGCGAGGCUCUGCAACGAGCUGGCCUUCAGCUACUGGAAGGCCAUCACCUCGGAGAAGAUUAGCUCGGCCAGGAGCCUGGUCAUCUCCCCCUUCGCCCUCACCUCCAUGCUGUCGAUGGUCUUCCUGGGUGCGCGCGGCAGCACCUCUGGGGAAAUGAACGAGAUCCUCAAGCUGGACGACAUGGUGACCUUCAAUCCGCAUCUGGUGUUCAAGAACAUCACCGGCUCGGUGGAGCAGGCGACGGACAGCGACAUAGCCACGGCGGCCUUUGUGCGGGAGAUCUUCAGCGAUCGCGCCAACGGCAAGAUCCUGCCCUUCUUCAAGGAGAAGACCCAGCAGCUGUACGCCGGCCACGUGGAGGAGGUCAACUUCCACGUCGUCAACGACAUCGUGCGGCGGCGCACCAACCUGCUCGUGAAGCGCCACACGAUGGGCAAGGUGCUGGAGUACCUGCGCACGAACAGCGUGUGGGUCAACGGCCCGCUGGCCACCAUCUCGGCGAAUCUCUUCCAGACGGACUGCUCGCACGGAUCGACGACCGAGCGGGACGGCGAGAUGUUCUUCCAGGUGCAUCCCACUGUGCGGCAGCGCCGCCUGGUGCCCAUCCCGGCCGUGCUCUAUCGGUCCGGCUUCACCGCCGGCUACGAGCCCAGGCUGGACGCCACCAUAGUGGCGUUCGGACGCAUCCAGGACACGGUGAGCACCAUCUACGUGAUGCCCGGCCAUCAGAGCUCCAUAUCGCCCAUGGACAACCUGGACAGGCUGGAGCGCAGCCUGGUGGACAUGGCCUUCGGGGACGACCAGGCCUGGAGCAGGCUGCUCACCUCGCUGAUGGAUCGCCCCGGCAUGGAGGUGCAGCUGCCACGCUUCUCGCACCGCUCCUUCGUGAACGCCUCGCUGGGCCUGCAGAAGAUGGGCCUGAAGGGUCUGUUCAAGUCGGACUUUGCCGACCUGCGCGGCCUGACCGGGGCCGGCAACAAGGACAUCUUCCUGUCCGACAUGAUCCAGAUCAACACGUUCAGCACCUGCGGCGAGGAGAAGAUCUCCGAGCACCACCACGUCGAGAUGUAUCCGGCGCCGCCGCUGCGCAAGCGCAACAAGGAUGUGGACGCCACCGAGGACGGUGCCGACGACUCCUCGGAGGCGGUCGUCGACUUUGGCUCGCUCGUGCAGGAGUCGGCCCUGGGACGCGGCUUCUACGACGAUCUGCUGGACCCAAAGUAUCUGGAGCUGCCGCUGCCGCUGCGUCCGCGCCAGGCGCGUGUCCCGGACGCGCCCCGGCUCCGCUUCGACAAGCCCUUCCUCUACUUUGUCCGCCACAACCCGACGGGCAUGAUCCUCUUCAUGGGACGCUUCAACCCGCGCCUGCUGCCAUGAGUGCACGCGCCCUAAAGUAAGCCAAAAUAGCGACUAUCGAACUAUCGAACUAUCGAAACAGUUUCGGGAAUGCGAGUUAGUGAAUUUAUAUAUUUUACCUACCGCCUGCCGAGCGCCUACUGGAAUGCCAACAAUUAGGCUAACUUAAUCAUUAAUGCCCCCGCACCCCUCGCCAACCCCCCUCCCCCCUUGCUGUGCCUUAAUCCCGCGUCGUCAGAGGCCAGAGGUCGUCCGGCCCGAUACGUGAUUGAUGUGCAGCAAACGGAUUGCGUUUGCCAUUACCCCGAUUAAUCAGAUUUCCUCAGAUUUUAAAUUCUUUUUAAAUAUUCAAAAUAUACGUAUACACUUUUUUCAUGCCGCUCGAUGGGCAAAUAUGCAAACGCAAUCACGGAAUGCGUCAAUAUUUUGGCAACUGAACAAAUGUAAUUUAGUAAAACAAACCGUACCGCACCACUGCGUAAACUAAAUGUUAUGUAUGCUACUAUCUAAGCCUAAACGAACAAAUUUAAAUAAAUAAAUAUAUUACGAACAAUU